CCGCUGGGAGUAUUGGCGUGUGAGGGGUUCGCAGCUUUUGUAUUGCUCGAUCCCUGGGCACUGCGAGCUGAAGAAGCAGAGCUCGCGGGCCAGUCAUCAUGUCGCGUUACGGGCGAUACGGAGGAGAAACCAAGGUGUAUGUUGGUAACCUGGGAACUGGUGCUGGCAAAGGAGAGUUAGAAAGGGCUUUCAGUUAUUAUGGUCCCUUAAGAACUGUGUGGAUUGCAAGAAAUCCUCCAGGAUUUGCCUUUGUGGAAUUUGAAGACCCUAGAGAUGCAGAAGAUGCAGUGCGAGGCCUGGAUGGCAAGGUGAUUUGUGGUUCCCGUGUGAGGGUUGAACUAUCAACAGGCAUGCCUCGGAGAUCUCGAUUUGAUAGACCACCUGCUCGACGUCCCUUUGAUCCCAAUGAUAGAUGCUAUGAGUGUGGUGAAAAGGGACAUUAUGCUUAUGAUUGUCAUCGCUAUAGCCGCCGAAGGAGAAGCAGGUCACGGUCUAGAUCACAUUCGAGAUCGAGAGGUAGGCGAUACUCUCGCUCACGAAGCAGGAGCAGGGGAAGGAGGUCAAGAUCAGCAUCUCCUCAACGAUCAAGAUCCGUGUCUCUUCGUAGAUCACGGUCGGCCUCACUCAGACGAUCUAGGUCUGGUUCUAUAAAAGGAUCGAGGUAUUUCCAAUCCAGGUCAAGGUCAAGAUCAAGGUCCAGGUCUCUUUCACGACCAAGAAGCAGCCGAUCAAAGUCCAGAUCUCCAUCUCCAAAAAGAAGUCGUUCCCCAUCAGGAAGUCCACGAAGAAGUGCAAGUCCUGAAAGAGUGGACUGAAGUUCUCAAGUUCACCUUUUAGGGAAAAGUUAUUUUGUUUACAUUAUUAUAAGGGAUUUGUGAUGUUUGUUAAAUGUAACCUAGGAAGGUUAUUUCAAUCAUCUAAUCAAAAUGGAUCUGGAUUAUUACUCUGUAAAUUCACAGCAGUAAGAUAAUAUAAAUUUUUGUUGAAUGUAUUAACAUCUUAUGGUUUGAAAAUGGUGGGUUUUUAUUUGGCACAUUUAAAUAAAAUGUUUCUAACUAGAUUUUUGAUCUGUGUUCAAUAUUAAUACUCAGUUGGUAAGCUUCAAUAGUCAACUUUGAUACCAUCCAUACUCGUACAGACCUAGUCUUCAACAUCAUUAACUGUAGUAUACACACACUUGGUAAAUUCUUUUACCCUUAGAGCUUUGGGUAAGAUAAGUCCCCUUAACAGCAUGAAUGCAUCAUGACAAGUCCCUGAAUUAAUCAAUUGGAGUUGGUGUUAUAUAUUGUCAGGUUAAUGAUCUUGAUCUAUUAAGCUAGAGGAACCACUGAUUUGCUGAUAAGUGAGCAUGACAACUAAACAAAGCUUACUAAAGCAAAUGGUAUCAGAAGUAAUUGGACUCAAUGCUUGAGGAACUGAAUUACUUUCUGAACACUAUAGUGAGGUUUUUGGGUUAUUAGAUGGGAUGGUGUCAAAUGAGAACUCCCAUUUUAGGAAGUUCUCAGUGUUAACUUUAUUUUCAACAUUAGCCAAUUUUAUACCAACAUAUUUGCAUGUUUGAGGAAUUGUCUAAAUUUGAGACAACACCUUUAUGUAAACCAGCUUUGCAAAAUUUUCCAGUCCAGAUACUCUUCCAUCCCUUCAAAUGGAUUGCCUUAUUCUGAGCAGAGAUCUGUUAAUUCUCGUUAGAUUUUUUUUUUUAACUUCUCGAUCACCAACAUAUUUUAUUUUGCCAGGCUGGUGCAAAGUAAUUAAAGAUGUCAAUCAGAAAUGUUAAUGAGGCGCAGUUCUGUAAAUUCACCUAUAUUUAGCAACAUCUUACGUAGUUUCUGGUAGCAUCUGGUGGACCUUAGAAUAUUAUGACCAGUAGAUUCUUUAAAUAAUCUUUAGUAGGGCAGUAACAGUUAAUUUUGAAUUUCCUGGUCAAGCUUUUACCAGGUACUCUAGCCUUGAUACAAAAAGAAAAAAAAGUGAUUGUGCAAAAAGAAAAGCAAUGCUGGUGGCACAGUGUUUGCCCUUGUCCUUUUCCUUAGAUUAUUGGAUAGCAUUGCAAUUUGGGGGUACUGGUCUGCCUCAAAUUAUUUGAUCUGAAUGAUCACAAGUAUGUUGGACAUUUGGGUACUUUGUUUUUGGAAAUUUGAAAACUGGCUGAAUUAUGGUUGGUAUAAAACUGUAUAAUUGGCAGACUUGUUGCACUUGGUCAGCUUUAAUUGUUCUGUGUUAUAUAAAGAUAAGUUUACUCAACAAUAAAUCUGCAAAGAACAAACAAUCCUGAUACUCAAUUUUUGGGAGUGGGAGUUUUGAGCCAAGAGUAGGAGCCAUUUCUGUGGCUUUGGGAUCGAUUACUAGC